AUGAGCCGGCCAAGUUCCUCAUCGUCGGGCGAGCCCUCGGGCUGGAGGCUCGUCAACUCGCUGCUCGGUUCCGCGCGACGAAAGUCGGCUGGCCUCCUCACUGGCGCUUUGCGGAGCGUCGGCCUCUCCCGGGCACGCCGCGUGCGCUUUCAGCCAAACUGCACGGUGCUCGAGUUUGAACGAGAGCUGUUUGGCGGCGGCGGCGUGCCGGAAGCGGACAAUGUGUCCCUCGGCCUGAGCCCCAAACUCUUCGGCACCUACAGCGUCACCCUCGCCGAUAAGCACGGCAAGGACGAGUACGCGGCGAGCGGCUACCUCGAGUCGAGCGUCAAAGCGCAGCUGCUCUCUCAGUGGGAGGACGAGCCGGUGCUGGAGGAGAGGCUGGAGGUGGCGUCGGAGAUCGAGCGCACGCGCAGGCCGCACCUCCCCGCUCCGGAGAGGCAGGAGAGCGCCUCGAGCCGAAGAGACCAGCGCCAGAUGCCCGCAAACACUGAGGAGGCGCUCGAGGUGGCCGCCAAGGACGCGAUGGCGGCGCGGGAGGCCGCCCGGCCGCGCAAGGCCAGACCCACCCCAGGCGGCAGCCCGCCGAGCGGUGGAAAGGGCAAGGCGGCGGCGAGCCGCGGCAUCCAGAAGCGCGCCCGCACCUCGCGGAAAUAGCCUGCCGCCCUCUCCCCGUCCCCUCUUCUUCCAAUCGUUCCUCAUCUCCACAUCCUGCGCUCUCUCCACCGACUCUGCUCCCCACGCCUCUUGGGCUGAGGAAGCGAUACGUGUCGAUAAUAGCGGAUUGCCGUGGCUCGCCCAGCUGAGCUCACCGCUGGGUGGCACCCUCCCUCGAGGCAGGGAGCACAGCGCAGCCUCUAACCUCGUCUCCCCCAACCGCGCGGGGCCCCGCGCGAGCCGCGAGCUGGGCGAGCUCCGCGCGUGAGCCGUGUGUCCUUCUCUCACAGUCUGCUGUGCAAAAUUGUCCAACGAUGGCAUAAAAGC